AGAAGGCUCUAAAAUUAUUCUCCCCGAAAUCAAAAGCUCUGAAACCAAUUCCUUGACAACCAAACAACAAACUGAAAAAUACGACAGAAGCAGCAGAAAAUUUUCUCUCUGAGCUAAAACCCAAACUUGCAGCUUGAAAAUGUUAUUGUUUGCCUUCAUCCUGUUUGCCUUCCUGCAAACUUCCUUCCCCCUCCCUGCCACCGAAAACCCGGCCCCCACCCACAAUCCUGCAGUCGAAUUCUUCAAGGAAAUCCCCCUGAAACCGUUCAAGGACCUGAACGAGAAGCACUUGAAGGAGGACACUGGUUUCCAGGCCGCUUUGGUCUACCUCAAGUCUCCGGAAUGGAUCCAAAUGGUCGCAGAUGUGCGAAAGGACCCGGCCUGGCUUGAAUACAAGAAAUUUCUGAACGACAGUGCUAUCGAUAUCGAAUUUGUGAUCAAACAUGUCGAACAUUGCCUUAAUGCCACCAACACUAAAGACUUCAAAGUGGACAAAGUUAAACCAAGCCUUGGCAAAUUCUUCGACGAUGUGAAGACAACUUAUUCGGUUUUGGUCCUGAAAGCUGCCCAGAAUUAUCUUGCCAAAGAGAGCAACAGCGCAACUUAUCGCAAUUUCAUCGCCAAGUUGCAGAGUCAGGAGUCCCGCAAGAUGCUGGAGAAGGCUUUGGGCCAACCCCCGGUCAAAAAAGUGGCUUUGAAGCUGAAGGAAAUGGACUUUGAUAUCGAAUUUCUCCUCGAGUUCUACUACUCUCUCCUUGGCUGGCGCCCAAUCUACAAAUUCAGCGCUUAAUUUUCGCCCAGUGAUUGUUUUUUAUUUUUUAUGUUUAAAGUUUUGUAUGUAUUUGUUGGUUGAAUAAAGUUUUUUUGUGCGUU